AUUGAUCCUCAUGCCUCAAGGUCGGCACCUGGUUCCAGCCAUGUUGUUUCAGUUAUAUCUGAAAGAUUUGCUUGCUGCUGCUGAUGCAUUGAUCUUCCUUUUGUAUUGUUGAGCAUCAGUAUUGAUCCUUGACACACAAUCCUUGUCAUGCUAUUUGAAGAGCGUUCUUGCUAAUGCAAGGCAACUCAGUGGUGGCAGAGAGAUUUUACAGCCCAGAUGCAGCUGAAGCGAAAUUGGCCCCAACUAGAAGGUUCUUCCUUGAUGCUUCCAGGCUAAGAGUCACUGAAGGUUAUGAUGGACAGAGCAGGGCACCUGAGUCUUGAGCAUACCCUUUGCUUAUAAAUGCAAAUACAAAGAGCAAUAACAUUGCUCUUGUAUUAUACCUGUCCAUAUAUUUUGCUCAACAGGGAACUUUGAGCUGUGACUUAUGGCUUUGUCAUGAAGAUGGAAGUUGAGAAAGGGUAAUAAUAAAUGUGGGUAACAAAUUUUCAAUUGAGCA